CUUUUGCUCUGAACUUUGGUUUUAUCGAUCACCAUCUCACCAUCUAUAUAUAUGCUCCUCACCUUCUGAUCACUGGUAUAAACCUCAAGCACAGAAACAUAGAAGCAUCUCUCCCUCUCUCACCAUAUCUACUUAGAAGCUCCAUUGCUUGAAGGUACUUCCUUUACUCAACCCUCUCUUCUUCAUCUUCUUCUCCCUUUAGUCUAAUAUUUUGCAAGUUGAUUGAUGUGAAGACUUGACUAUAGGUGAAAGAUGACCAUUCUAUCUGAACCAGAUACAAUCACUAUGGCCAUGGGAAGUAUCGGUCUCCCAGAAGCAUCUGCUCAACUAGAAGAUGGCAAGGUCGACGACAAUUCUCUAUGGUCCCUCACGCUAAACGAAAUUGAGCUCAAAAGCGGGAAAGCCUUUGGGUCCAUGAACAUGGACGAAUUCCUGUCCAACUUGUGGAACACCAAUGCAGAAGACACAACUCAAGUUCUGCAGCCACAAUCAAACCCUGAUAACAAUCCGUUCGACGAUAAAUCGAGUCAGCAGCAAACACAUCAGCAGCAGCAGCAGCAGCAGCAGCAGCAGCAACAGAGUUCCUUAAUCUCCAUUCCUUCCCCACUCUGCAAGAAAACUGUGGACGAAGUGUGGUCAGAGAUCCAGAGAGAGCAGCAGCAGCACCACCAUUUCUCCAGUCACUUGAAACCAGCAGACAGCACCAAUGUGAUCCCCCAUGGGAGGCAACAGUCCUUAGGAAACAUGACAUUGGAGGAAUUCUUGGUACAGGCAGGUGUAGUCCAAGAAGCUGCUGCAAAAUUACCACCAAGAAGUAGCACUAAUUCUACUUCACCAUCAUCAUCAUCAUCUACAGUAGUGCUGCAUCAGCUGAAACUGGAGACACCAUCUUCAUUAGGGUCUUCUUUUCAUGGUCUGAAUGGGAACUUCUCGAGCGUGACCGGAUGCUUUGGUUCGUACCACAUGAUGAUGAACCCUAGCAAGGGUUAUGUGGGGGAAGCAUCGUCGAGUGAUCAGUUCAGCAGAAUCAUCGACGGGCCGCCGGAGGUUUUGGUGGAGAGGAGGCAGCGUAGGAUGAUCAAGAACAGAGAAUCUGCAGCUAGAUCGAGGGCUAGGAAACAGGCGUAUACAAUGGAGCUGGAGCUGGAGCUGAAUUAUCUCAAGGAGGAUAACAGCAGGCUGAAGCAGAUUGUGCAGGAGAUCGAGGAGAAAGCCAGAGAGAAGAUUACGAGGAUGAAGAAAGAGGGAACGCGGCAGAACAAGAAGACCGAUAAGCUAAGGAGCAUAAGGAGGACAACAAGCAUGAGUUGGUGAAUGCUACAAUGGAGACUAGUUAUGGAUAUCUUACAUCUUAGUUAUACUACUACUUAGAAUAAAUGUCAUGGAUAGGCAAAACUUGUCAUGUGUAAACAUCCAAUGUGUGAGUGAGGUUAGUAGUUUUUGUCUAGAUGACCUACCUUGCUUGCAAAGUAUGUGAUGUAUGCAAUAAGCUAUAUAUAAGUCAUGAGAUUGAAAGGUGCUUAAUGGGGAUACAAGAUUGUUGUUGGUAGUUUUGCAGGAAUAUCGUUUUGUCUCGUCUGCACAGUGUCUUAUGUUAUUCCGAACUCGAAUAGUUUCGUCAUUGCUCCUGCCUCUCAACUAGCAGCCAACGCGCGUCGUUCGCUCUCACCGUCAAAAACUGGAGUUGUAACCCUACCACCAAAGCCGGUAAAAACAUCAUUUGAGGAGAGGAAUUAUCUCGUUUCUAAACUAAUGGUACGUCUAAUAAUACGUCUAAUAAUCA